AUGUCGGAUACUUGUAUAGUAGAAAAUGACAGGAAAUUAGCAGAUUUCUUUAAUCGACAUCAAAUCGAUCUUCCAGUCAAGAUCAUCCUACCCAUCCUCAUAGGCCAUUUCCUGCAUUUAGACAUAUGCGACAAAUUCAUCUAUAUAUCGGGUAGGCUACCCAACGGUCUGUACAAGAAGAGUCUAUGGGACAUUGCAUUCCUAUUUUUUUACUUUUUGGUCUUUACCUUCUUACGGGCGGCUGCCAUGGAAUAUGUCCUAAAGCCAAUGUCUGUGUAUCUAAAAGUACCUCGAGGAAAGAAGCUUCGAUUUGCAGAGCAGAGUUGGCUGGUUAUUUAUUAUUCAAUUAGCUUUGGCAGCGGUUUGGCUAUAUUUUACAAUUCACCUACAUGGAAUGAUACAUCGUACUUUUGGCGCAAUUAUCCUGUUUGGGAAUUGAAAGGCUACUUCAAGUACUACUAUCUGCUCCAGUUUGCUUUUUGGAUCCAACAGCCAUUUGUUCUUCAGAUUGAGGCACCUAGAAAGGAUUACACAGAAUACAUGGUACAUCACAUCAAUACUCUGCUGCUGAUCAGUUUGAGCUAUUGCUGUAAUUUCACGGGUGUAGGCAACGCUGUGUUUGUGAGCAUGGAUUUACCGGAUGUACUGCUAUGUCUGGCAAAGACGUUGCACUACCUGGGCUACGGCUUGAUAUGUGAUGCCACAUUUCUGGCUAUGGUUAUUUCAUGGAUGUAUACUCGAGUUUACUACUAUGGGCGCAUCAUCUAUUCAACCUACACAGAACCAGACGUAUACGUGCCUCAAUUCAAACUGGACCCUGUGCAUGGAUUUUGGUUCCCUCACUUUGUCAAGUAUAUCAUCUUGAUUCUGAUGUUGGGUUUAUAUAUAUUGAUCAUAUUUUGGACCUUGAUGAUUUGCAAAGUGGUGUAUCGAUUGGUUAGCAAUACGGGUAUCACUGAUGUUCGCUCGGACGACGAAGAUGAAUCAGAUGAAACUGAUCCUGCUAACCCUGUCCAGAAGGCUAGUAAUAAUCUUUUGGCACCACCCCCUAUCAAGAGGAAGAGGGCUUUGAGCAAAUCUGAGCAAAUCAGAAAUUAUGCAGCAAGACGCUAG